GCAUACUCAAAUAUAUGUCGAAAAAUUCAGACAUAUAUUUGUUUUGUGGUUUUUAAAAAAUUUUAAGUUUUAUUUAGUUUUUGAGUUUGUUUUAAGCUUGUUUAAUUCUGUUUCAGGAAAUCAUAAAAUCAUAGGAAUAUCUUAUUUAUGGUUGGCAUAUUGGUUUGGUAUGAUAGGAUUUUAUAUGAGUGUGCUGAUUAGAACUGAAUUAGGUAUGAGCGGGUUAAAGAUAAUAACUAUGGAUACUUUGGAGAUUUAUAAUUUGUUAUUUACAUUACACGGUCUUAUUAUGGUGUUUUUUAAUAUUAUGACUGGUCUUUUUGGAGGAAUUGGAAAUUAUUUGUAUCCUGUUCUUUUAGGAUCUUGUGAUGUUGUAUAUCCUAGAGUUAAUCUCUAUAGUUUGUUACUUCAACCAAUUGGUUUUGUAUUAGUAGUAUCUUCAGUUUAUUUAGAAAUUGGAAGUGGAACAGGAUGGACAUUGUAUCCUCCUCUUUCGACUUCUCUUUCUAAUAUUGGAAUUGAUCUUAUAAUAUUUGGUUUGUUGGCAGCUGGAAUUGCAAGUACAUUAAGCAGUAUUAAUUUUAUAACUACUUUUGCUUCUAUAAAAACAAUAGGUUUUGUUAUUGACAGAAUUUCGCCAGCAGCAUGGUCGAUUGUUUUGACUUCAUUUUUGUUAUUGUUAUCAUUGCCGGUUGUUACCGCAGUUUUUCUUAUGGUAUUUUUUGAUAGAAAUCAUAGCACAAUGUUUUUUGAAUCUUCAAAUUCUGGAGAUCCAAUCUUAUAUCAACAUUUGUUCUGGUUUUUUGGACACCCUGAGGUUUAUAUAAUGAUAUUACCUGGAUUUGGUAUUAUUAGCUUAUUAUUAUCUACAUAUACUACAAAAGAAAUGUUUGGUAAUCAGACUAUGAUAUUAGCUAUGGGUUCUAUAGCUUUGUUAGGUUGUUUAGUUUGGGGACAUCAUAUGUAUACAUCAGGUUUGGAAGCAGAUACUCGUGGGUAUUUUACAACAGUUACAAUAUUGAUUGCUCUUCCAACAGGUAAUAAAAUAUUUAAUUGGGUUACAACAUUGCAAUGUGUUGAGUCAAUAAAAUCAUUAGGACUUAUAUUAUUUGCUGUUUUAUUUAUUGUAAAUUUUGUUAUAGGAGGUACAACUGGUGUUGUGCUUGGAAAUGCUGGACUAGACGUAGUAUUGCAUGAUACUGUUUAUGUAGUUGGACAUUUUCACUUUGUCCUUUCGAUAGGUGCUAUAAUUUCAUUAAUAUGUUUUAUAGUUUAUAUUCAAAGAAUGUUAUUUGGAAUUAUUCUUUCGAACAGAUUAUUGUCACUAAUGGCUCCUAUUUUUAUGAUAGCAGUUUUAUUUACAUUCUUACCAAUGCAUUUUACUGGAUUCUCUCCUCUUCCAAGAAGAAUACCAGAUUAUCCAGAUGAAAUGUGGGGAUGGAAUUUUAUUUGUACACUUGGAGCAACAAUGAUGUUAGUAUUGAAAUUAACAGUAUUAUUUAUUAUAUCAUUAUGAUAA